AAUAAAAAUCACAAGUGUUAAAAAUCUCUCACAGGACAGAAGAGAAGAUAGAUAGAUUGACAAAAAGACAAAAAGUCGCAAGCACAUCAUGAAGUCCUUACAUGUGUUUUUGUGGCUGCAACAAGUUGUAAGGACAUUCGAUUUCGAAAAUGCGGAGGAUCCGCAGAUAUUUCAAGUGUAUCUAUUGAACCUUGUGAAAAGGAACCCUGUAUUUUACACAAGGAAAAUUCAACCAAAAUAACAAUCAAGUUCACACCAAAACAGAAAAUUACAUCUUUAACAACAUCUAUACAUGGUUACCUUUGGUUCGUUCCAGUACCGUUUCAUCUGGAUAAACCUUACCCAUGCAAGGGAGUCAUGAAAUGUCCACUGGAAGCUAAAAAAGAACAAACGUACUCUUUAUCGCUUCCAAUAAAACGUAAUUACCCCAGCAUGGGCAUAGUUGUGAGGUGGAGGUUUACAGACCAAGACAGCAACACCGUUUUGUGCAUAAAGAUACCAACAAAACUGCAAUAAUUAAUUUCCAAUCCGGUAAAUGAUCCGGUAAUCUUCUAGUUGAUCCGGUGAAAUUUCCGGUAACUUUCUAGUUCACCCGGUGAUUUAUUCGAUAGUUUUUUAGUUAAUCUGGUGAAUCAUCCGGUAAUUUUCUAGUUGAUCCGGUGAAUUAUCCGGUAAUUUUCUAGUUGAUCCGGUGAAUUGUCCGGUAGUUUUUUAGUUAAUCCGGAGAAUUAUCCGGUUUAUAUUUUAUUUUUAUACAUAACUUGUAAUUUUAUCAAUCUGUUCUUUCUCUAAAUAAUUGUGCAGAUUGCAUAUGGAUGAUAAUUGUUGUGCUAAAUCUGAAAAUGAAUUCGCCACAAAGCU